GAUGUCAUCUGAGGGUUUGCCAUCAAGGUCGCGGUAAUGGCUUCCUAGGCAAGACUUACUUUGUUUAUGCCGCGGCACAGAGCGCAUUAGCUGCAUUUAGCGUCCGUAUAAUACAUCAUUUGACCGAUCUAUUCGUUUUAAAAAGACAGUUUUAAAUCUGACCCCGGGUGCCUGGGAGUUUCUCGCCGAUGGGACUGAGUUACAUGACUGAAUGAGGCGAUCGCCCGUGGUGCCGUAGAAGGAUGAGCUCCAUCGCCGGUCGGGAUCUCGCCGUGUCCGCUGGUUCUGCUGUCAGCAACCCCGGAGCGACAUCAUCAAGGGUCCUGCAUGUGGAGCUCACAUCUCAACAGAGGCGAUUACGUCACUUGAGGAGCAUCGCGGCCCGUAACAUUGUAAACAAGAAUGGAUCUCCUCUGCUGGACACUUACUUCACCCUUCAUCUGUGCCAGGAUGAUCGAAUAUCACGAGACUUUUAUAAGAGUGAAGUCAUCCGAGAUUCAUUGAACCCAACAUGGCGUAGUUUAGAUUUCGCCAUGCUGCCUGACCUUUUAGACACAUCUGUGUCGUGUUUUGUGGUGAGAAUAUGGGGUGGGAGGGGGGAACACUUUCAACUGCUCAUUGAGUGGAAGGUCAACCUGGACGGCCUCAGAUACACAGGACAGCAGAUCCGCUCCAGAAACCCAAAUGAGAUCAUCUUUGGAUUGAAUGAUGGCUACUAUGCAGCUGAGUUUGAUCAGAAGGAGACAUCAGACAAGAAGAAGAACAGUUUGCUCCAGGUGGACCAAAGCUCUGUUAGAAACUCCUACAGUGUUUUCUCUCUGCUGAGGCUACACACAGCCCAGAGGGCCAUCAAACAGACUCAGGUGACCGUUCAGAAGAUCGGAAAGGAAAUCGAAGAGAAACUGAGGACGACAGCAUCCUGCACAGAAAAGAAGAAGGAGAGGGAAUGCAUGCAGCUGCGUAUCGGCAUCCUGAGAUGUGAACUGGAGAGACAGAAAAAGGCUCUGACCAGAGAGAUGGACGUGCUGCAGAAAGAAAGAGCACAGCUACAAAAGAAAGAGGAGGCGUCGUCUACCAAGCACCAGAGUCUGGAGACCGAACGCAAGUCUUUGACAGAGUUACUGAAGGAAUGCACUGCCAAAAGAGAGAUGUUUCUGAAGUCCAACGCCCAGCUCACCUUCCGCUGUCGUCAGCUUCUAUCGGAGUUGUCCUACAUUUAUCCCAUUGAUGUGAACAAUCAGAAUGAUUAUGUCAUAUGUGGUGUAAAACUGCCCAAUUCUGAGGACUUCCAAGCAAAGGAUGAUGGGACUGUGGCAGUGGCUCUCGGUUACACGGCACACCUGGUGCUGAUGAUAUCGUACUUCCUGCAGAUUCCGCUCAGGUAUCCCAUCAUCCACAAGGGAUCUCGCUCCUCCAUCAAAGACACCAUCACCGACAAACUCACAGAGAAAGAGAGAGAGUUCCCCCUCUACCCAAGAGGAGAGCGAUUCCAGUUUGAAUAUGGCGUCUACUUGCUCAACAAAAACAUCGCACAGUUGAGGUAUCAGCAUGGCCUCUCCACACCGGACCUGCGUCAGACUUUGCCCAACUUGAAGAACUUUCUGGAGCACGGACUGCUUGUACGAUGUGAUAGGCAUCAUGUUUCCACAUCCAUCCCUGUUCCCCUAAAGUCUCAGCUCAGCGUCUCCACCGCAUCUGAAAUGGGCCUUCCGACCCAAACCAGCUCUCCUGAACGGAACCUCAAGAAGCGGUCCGGUUCCGAAAAUAUAACACCUCCACCCAGUUACACCACAGCAACGGCUCAAUCUGAUUUUGUGAGCGCUUUGCAGGUUUCAACUGAGAUGUCCACAAGUCUGGAAGUAGCUGAGGAUGCAGAUGGGGAUGGUGAGGUAGAGGCUCUAGCAGAGGCACCCCUUGCAGACUUAGCAACUGUAGCUAAGUUACCUUCUGACUGUAUCCCUAUCUCAGCGCCCCAGCACCCGGGAACCCUAAAUGGCUCAGCUGUGCCCAGUGGAGGUACGACAUUGGCUGUUGUGGGUGGGGCGGAGCUUUGCUGCUCGGUGGAGCACGCUGAGGAGAUAAUGGGCACUGAGGCCACAGGGCUUGGGUUGGGACUGGGUUUAGGAAUGGGACUGGGCGGAGGCGCCCGACUGGACGAUUACCCGUGUAUCCCUGUAGAGCACGCAGUAGCGGUCGAGUGCGAUGAACAGGUUCUGGGAGAGUUUGACACCGCUGGGAUCGAGGAGGUCUCGCGACGCAUCUAUGCACUAGAGAACAUGUCUAGCUUCCGACGGCCUCGGAAAAACUCUGAAAAAUGAUUGGGAUGCGGGACGUGGACCUGGAGAAACGGGUUUGGAGGUGACAGGUGCCCAAGUGGGUCGCUGCAUAAUAUUUCACCCUGACUGCAACAAGUAUAGACAUUACAUGAAGAAAUAUAUUAUUGUUAUUAAUAUUGUUAUAUUAAUUAUUAAUAUUAGUAGGAAAAAUCUGGAAUAUUGAUCACUUUGCACUUCUCAAAGCAUUUCUAUAAUCCUUUAAAGUGAAAUAAACAAUGUUUGUCGAUGAAACGAAUGGUGGGCGUCUUUAUGAGUGCGUGGUGGGCCCGAAUGCCGCUCAGUAUUACAGCUGGAUCUCUGGCAUGAAAGGGCCAACCCGAGUAUAGCAAACCUAAUGUAUACCAGUCUGUACGUCAGGAAUGAUGUCUGCUUGUCAGGGUGUUUGAAAGGGUGAGGUAUUGCACUGCACCAAUGACACCCUUUCACAUUCAAAACACCCGAGUCCUGCUUUCAAAACAUAAAAACAUGCACACAGGCUCUGCUUUACUUUUACAGUCUGAAAAAAUGGACCUUUAUGAGAUUUAAGUUCUAGUAAGUUUGUAAUUCAUUGGUUAAAACAGUGGAGCCAAACUAAAUAAAUUUGCAUAAUAUUCAACAAAGCUGUCUAUAUUAAGCUGACAGGCGCCUUUAUUUUCCGUCGUCCUGAAAUAAAAUUAUUUUAUUUAUAUAUGUGUCAUAUAUGGAAUGCUACGAGUCGUUUUCCAUACAAUAAAAUUCCGAUAUCAUCUACAAAUUUACAUAGUUUUGUUCCUAAGCACACUGUAUUAUGUAUGCAUUUGUAUCAAUAUAUACAAAAUUGUUUACUGUUCUAAGUUAGCCAUCUCACACCAGGACACGUCAGUCGCUUUCAGUGUAGACAGUUUCAAAACUUUACCAAAAAUGUCAUACAAUUGGAAAACAGCUUAGUGUGGGCACGGAGAACAGACUUUUAAUAGUUUCAUGUUAGUUUUUCCCAGAAUUUUUAUUAUAGCUCAAAAAAAGAAAAGGUGAAGGUCCAUCAGUGUUAAACUUUCCCACGGUGUACAGUUAUUCAUAUAUCUCAAAAACCAAAUACUGUGCACCGUAACUCGCUGUAAAGGAGCAGGGUGGCCGUUCUUCUAGUUUAUUUUCUUGUUGGCGCUACUUCUCAUUGCACACAUUGCUUGUCAAUGUCGUUAACUCAAAAAUACAACUUAACCCACCUGCGCACAGAGCUUUCAGGAACCAUGUGUUUUUCCCAAGAAGUAUUCAGCACUUACAAGUGAAAUUGCAUUUUUUCCAAAUGUACUCAGAUUCUCUUGCGUCAUGAAUGUAGUAAUCACUUUAUAAAAAGGAAUACACAGUGAUGCUGGAAAAGAACAAUGAUUUUAGAGAUUGUCGUAAUUCUUGGGCUGAAACCUUGGUUGUAUUUUCUGUGUUUUUCUUAUAGUAUUGCGUUUUUGACUGUUGAUACAUGUUGUAUUUAAAACGAAUGCAAGAAAUUUGUUUCCAUAAAUUGCUGUGACAUUGUACAUAUACUUUUGUAUGAAGGGUGUUUUAUUAUUAAAGAUCACAGUUUAAAAAAAG